AGGCCAUGUCACCAUGCCUUGCCUGGAAACCAGUUUGUCAGCUUUGGCGGUGCAUAUUCCUGCUGACAGGUGGGCUGAGGCAAACAGUCCUUGGAGCUCCCAGGGAGGGAGAGAGAGCGAGAAACAGAAAGAGAGAGCAAACACACUCUUAUCAGUCACAGUGUGUUAAAAAAAAUUCUCUCAAUGGGGCAGGGUGAUACCUGCACAGUUUUCACAGUGGACUUCAAGAGCAACACCAACGGUAAUUCCAUGGAAUCUCAGGUGUAAAUGUUGACGUUGUUGUGAAGUAGAGAAAUAGCCAUCAUGACUAGGCACCAUAGAUCAAAGAGCUUCUCCGACAGCCUUUUUCUGGCGGAUGAUGGCAAAGGAGGUGUGGUUGUAGCAGGCAUCAAAGAUGACUCCAUUACCAGUCGAGGACUAAAAGAAGGAGAUGAAAUUGUUGGUGCCACCAUCAACUUUGAUGAUCUAAAAAAAGAUGAAAUCCUGGACAUAUUAAAGCUGAUUGAGCCAUAUAAUGACAAAAUUCAGGUUCUGACCAGACAUAAUUUGAAACCCAGCAAAAGUAUGGGGAACUUGGAUGGCAGUAUUAAGGCCCCAGAUGAGAUGCUGAAGGAUUCAUACAGCAAACUUUUCAAUGGAAAAGUGAAGAAAUUCCUGGACAGUCCAUCUUCAGAAGCCACACCCGGGGACGGAUCUCUAGCCGGAAAUCCAGAAGAGUCGAAACCUGAGGAAACAGAUGCCACCUCUGUUGACCUAACCACGGACUUGCCCUCUCUCAAUGGUAAACCAAAGGUUGGUGUUUCAGACUUUCUGAAAGCCGCUAAGCAGAGAGCAAAGGGCAAAGUGGCAAUUAGAGAUGGUCUGGACACCACAGAAACACCAGACAACAGGUUCGGUGCAGAGAUGUCUUUACCUCAAGUGGAUGUAAUAGCACCUGAGUCUGACCUCAACCUUGGAGCUGAUAUAGACAUAACAGAGCCAAAUGUAAACAUCAAACCUGACAAAGAUAUCAGUGUCUCUCCUCCAGGCAUUUUAGGGGAAAACAAUCCUGUAAAAGCCAUAAUUGAUGCCGGUGUUCCAGCUCUUUAUGCUGAAAGUCCAGAAGCAAAAGUUGAACUGAAUGGUGAUAUGCGAGUUCCAAGUUCAAAUAUAGAAAUAGAUAUUCUGCCGUCAGACAGUAAUCCCCCAGACAUUCAAUUCACACCACCCAAUGCUAACAUUAAUAUCCCUUCGAAGAACAAGGACAAGCCAUCUAAAAGGAAAUCAAAAGGCAAGGUGAAAGCACCAGAACUUGAUUUAGAUUCGCCCUCAGGUUAUGAAUAUACCUCAACUGGAUUAUCUGACCUGAAUCUUGAUGUUCCCUCAGCAUACAAAUAUGUUCCAUCUGCCUUACCAGAUCUUAACCUUGAUAUUCCCUCAGCAUAUAAUUACAUCCCAAAUGCUUUACCGGACUUUAAUGUCGAUGUGCCCUCUGCAUAUGAAUACACAUCAAGAAAGUUUGCUCAGGAAAAGCCAACCUUGAACAUAGCAAGUCCCAAAACAAAGAAAAGAAUCAAAGCCCCAGAUUUAAAAGUUGAAGGUUCUAAAGGUGACCUCUCAGUUCCCCAAGCUGAAAUUGGCCUGAAGGUUCCUGACCUGGAUGCAGAUAUAGAAGUGCCUGAUAUUGGCACUCUGCCCAAAGUGUCUGCUCCGGACAUUGGUGGAGGAAUAAAGACAGGAAGUCUAAACAUCAAAUCUCCCAAAGUGUCAGGUGCUAUAGAUAUGCCAAACCCAAGUGGGCACUUGCCAAAACAAGACUUCAAAGGCCCUGAAAUUGACCUCAAUAUUCCAGAUGUAGAUACUGAUGCUCCAUCAGGAAAAUUGAAAAUGCCUAAAUUUAAAAUGCCCACAUUCAGUUUUUCUGGCUUAAAAUCACCAAAUGUGUCUGCAGAGGGAAAUGGCCCAGAAGUAGAUGUAGAUUCAACAAAUUUAAAUGUUGAUAUGCCAGAUUUUAAGAUGCCUGACUUUGGCAUCUCAAGACCAAAAGUUAAAGGGCCUGAUUAUGAAUUUAACACUCCAGACAUGAAUCUUUCCGCUCCUAAGAUCAAAGGCGAAAUUAAAACACCAAAAUUGAGUUCCCCAAACAUGAAACUGAAAAAUCCCAAACUAGAUGUCAGUGUCCCCAGUGCUGAUUUAGACAUGCCUACGGGCAAACUCCCAAAACUAAAAAAAACCAAGAUGGACGUCUCAGCUCCAGAUUUUGACAUUGAUGCUCCGUCUGGAAAAUUGAAGAUGCCUAAAUUUGGUCUCUCAGGAACCUUACCAAAAGGGCCUGAGGCUGACCUGAAGAUGCCAAGUAUGAAUCUCAGUGGACCAAAGAUUAAAGGAGAUUUCAAUGUCCCUGAUACAGACAUGCAUUUGGGAAAACCCAAUCUGAAAGGUCCUAAAUUAGAUUUAAAUGCCCCUGAUGUGGACAUUGAUGCCCCUUCAGGUACAUUAAAAAUACCAAAAUUCAAAAUGCCAAAGUUUAGCCUUCCAGGACUCAAGGGUCCAGAUAUUGGAAUAGAUGGUAAUCUUGAUGGACCAGAUCUCAAUGUAUCACCACCUAAGGUGGGAGCUGGAUUUGAUGGUCCUGAUGUGGAUAUUAAUGUUCCAAGAGCUAAUCUGAAUGGUCCGAAAGCUGAUAUAUCUGUCCCUGAUGUUGAAAUUAGCAGUCCGUCCAGCAAAUUUAAGAUGCCAGAUUUUAAGAUGCCUGACUUUGGCCUCUCGGGACCAAAGGUUAAAGGACCUGAUUAUGAACUUAACACUCCAGACAUGAACCUCUCAGCUCCUAAGAUCAAAGGUGAAAUCAAAACACCAAAAUUGAAUUCCCCAAACAUGAAAUUGAAGAAUCCUAAACUAGAUGUCAGUAUUCCCAGUGCUGAUGUAAACAUGCCUACUGGCAAACUUCCAAAAGUUAAAAAACCCAAUAUGGACAUUUCAGCUCCAGAUUUUGAUAUUGCUGCUCCAUCUGGAAAACUGAAAAUGCCUAAAUUUGGUCUCUCAGGAACCUUACCAAAAGGACCUGAGGCUGACCUGAAGAUGCCAAGUAUGAAUCUCAGUGGACCAAAGAUUAAAGGAGACUUCAAUUUCCCUGAUACAGACAUGCAUUUGGGAAAACCCAAUCUGAAAGGUCCUAAAUUAGAUUUAAAUGCCCCUGAUGUGGACAUUGAUGCCCCUUCAGGUACAUUAAAAAUGCCAAAAUUCAAAAUGCCAAAGUUUAGCCUUCCAGGACUCAAGGGUCCAGAUAUUGGAAUAGAUGGUGAUCUUGAUGGACCAGAUCUCAAUGUAUCACCACCUAAGGUGGGAGCUGGAUUCGAUGGUCCUGAUGUGGAUAUUAAUGUUCCAAGAGCUAAUCUGAAAGGUCCAAAAGCAGAUAUAUCUGUCCCUGAUGUUGACAUGGGCAGUCCAUCCAGCAAAUUUAAGUGGCCCACCUUUAAAAAGCCUGACUUUGGCUUCUCAGGACCAAAGGUUAAAAAGCCUGAUUAUGAACUUAAGACUCCAGACAUAGAUGUCUCAGCUCCUAAAAUGAAAGGCAAAAUUAAAACACCAAAAUUAAGUUCCCCAGAAUUGAAAUGGAGAAGUCCUAGACUAGAUGGCAGUGUUCCCCGUGCUGAUUUAGACAUGCCCACGGGCAAACUGCCAAAAGUAAAAAAAAACAAUAUGGACAUUUCAGCUCCAGAUUUUAAUAUUGCUGCUCCAUCUGGAAAACUGAAAAUGCCUAAAUUUGGUCUCUCAGGAACCUUACCAAAAGGACCUGAGGCUGACCUGAAGAUGCCAAAUAUGAAUCUCAGUGGACCAAAGAUUAAAGGAGAUUUCAAUUUCCCUGAUACAGACAUGCAUUUGGGAAAACCCAAUCUGAAAGGUCCUAAAUUAGAUUUAAAUGCCCCUGAUGUGGACAUUGAUGCCCCUUCAGGUACAUUAAAAAUGCCAAAAUUCAAAAUGCCAAAGUUUAGCCUUCCAGGACUCAAGGGUCCAGAUAUUGGAAUAGAUGGUGAUCUUGAUGGACCAGAUCUCAGUGUAUCACCACCUAAGGUGGGAGCUGGAUUUGAUGGUCCUAAUGUGGAUAUUGAUGUUCCAAGAGCUAAUUUGAAAGGUCCGAAAGCUGAUAUAUCUGUCCCUGAUGUUGAAAUUGGCAGUCCAUCCAGCAAAUUUAAGAUGCCAGAUUUUAAGAUACCUGACUUUGGCCUCUCAGGACCUAAGGUUAAAGGACCUGAUUAUGAACUUAACACUCCAGACAUGAACCUCUCAGCUCCUAAGAUCAAAGGUGAAAUCAAAACACCAAAAUUGAAUUCCCCAAACAUGAAAUUGAAGAAUCCUAAACUAGAUGUCAGUAUUCCCAGUGCUGAUGUAAACAUGCCUACUGGCAAACUUCCAAAAGUUAAAAAACCCAAUAUGGACAUUUCAGCUCCAGAUUUUGAUAUUGCUGCUCCAUCUGGAAAACUGAAAAUGCCUAAAUUUGGUCUCUCAGGAACCUUACCAAAAGGACCUGAGGCUGACCUGAAGAUGCCAAGUAUGAAUCUCAGUGGACCAAAGAUUAAAGGAGACUUCAAUUUCCCUGAUACAGACAUGCAUUUGGGAAAACCCAAUCUGAAAGGUCCUAAAUUAGAUUUAAAUGCCCCUGAUGUGGACAUUGAUGCCCCUUCAGGUACAUUAAAAAUGCCAAAAUUCAAAAUGCCAAAGUUUAGCCUUCCAGGACUCAAGGGUCCAGAUAUUGGAAUAGAUGGUGAUCUUGAUGGACCAGAUCUCAAUGUAUCACCACCUAAGGUGGGAGCUGGAUUCGAUGGUCCUGAUGUGGAUAUUAAUGUUCCAAGAGCUAAUCUGAAAGGUCCAAAAGCAGAUAUAUCUGUCCCUGAUGUUGACAUGGGCAGUCCAUCCAGCAAAUUUAAGUGGCCCACCUUUAAAAAGCCUGACUUUGGCUUCUCAGGACCAAAGGUUAAAAAGCCUGAUUAUGAACUUAAGACUCCAGACAUAGAUGUCUCAGCUCCUAAAAUGAAAGGCAAAAUUAAAACACCAAAAUUAAGUUCCCCAGACUUGAAAUGGAGAAGUCCUAAUCUAGAUGGCAGUGUUCCCCGUGCUGAUUUAGACAUGCCCACGGGCAAACUCCCAAAAGUUAAAAAACCCAAUAUGGACAUUUCAGCUCCAGAUUUUAAUAUUGCUGCUCCAUCUGGAAAACUGAAAAUGCCUAAAUUUGGUCUCUCAGGAACCUUACCAAAAGGACCUGAGGCUGACCUGAAGAUGCCAAGUAUGAAUCUCAGUGGACCAAAGAUUAAAGGAGACUUCAAUUUCCCUGAUACAGACAUGCAUUUGGGAAAACCCAAUCUGAAAGGUCCUAAAUUAGAUUUAAAUGCCCCUGAUGUGGACAUUGAUGCCCCUUCAGGUACAUUAAAAAUGCCAAAACUCAAAAUGCCAAAGUUUAGCAUUCCAAGUCUGAACGGCCCAGAUAUUGGAAUAGAUGGUGAUCUUGAUGGACUAGAUCUCAGUGUAUCACCACCUAAGGUGGGAGCUGGAUUUGAUGGUCCUGAUGUGGAUAUUAAUGUUCCAAGAGCUAAUUUGAAAGGUCCGAAAGCUGAUAUAUCUGUCCCUGAUGUUGAAAUUGGCAGUCCGUCCAGCAAAUUUAAGAUGCCAGAUUUUAAGAUACCUGACUUUGGCCUCUCAGGACCUAAGGUUAAAGGACCUGAUUAUGAACUUAACACUCCAGACAUGAACCUCUCAGCUCCUAAGAUCAAAGGUGAAAUCAAAACACCAAAAUUGAAUUCCCCAAACAUGAAAUUGAAGAAUCCUAAACUAGAUGUCAGUAUUCCCAGUGCUGAUGUAAACAUGCCUACUGGCAAACUUCCAAAAGUUAAAAAACCCAAUAUGGACAUUUCAGCUCCAGAUUUUGAUAUUGCUGCUCCAUCUGGAAAACUGAAAAUGCCUAAAUUUGGUCUCUCAGGAACCUUACCAAAAGGACCUGAGGCUGACCUGAAGAUGCCAAGUAUGAAUCUCAGUGGACCAAAGAUUAAAGGAGACUUAAAUUUCCCUGAUACAGACAUGCAUUUGGGAAAACCCAAUCUGAAAGGUCCUAAAUUAGAUUUAAAUGCCCCUGAUGUGGACAUUGAUGCCCCUUCAGGUACUGGCUUAAAUAUUUCUCCAAGACUAAAUGGGAAAAUGCCAGAGGGCCACGUUUCAGGUACCUUAAGAGAUUACACCACAGCCCUCGAACCCAGAGUCCCAGAUCUUGACAUUGACGCCUCCCUAGGUAAAAAUAACAGUCACAAGAAAUCGAAAAAUCAUGCGCCACAUUUGGAUGUGAGGGGUUCUGCACUUGAUUUAGAUGCUGAUAUGAAUUUCUCAACCAAAGACCGUCCCUCAAAGAAGACAAAAGUCAGGGCAAGCUAUCCAAUCAGUAAGGGGAAUGAGCUCACCAAUGCUAAGGUUUCCCUCCCAGAAUUACCACUUCCUCGAGACCGAGUAAUGACCCUGCCAGAAUCUAUUAUAAAUGUUAGUAAGCCUGACACGAAAGUGAGGAAGCCUGGAGAUGGUGAUUAUGACAUACAGAAAAAGAACUCCAGGCCCAAAUCAAUGGACCUUCUGGACUCUGUUGGUUUGGACACAGCAGAGAGAUCAAUAACACUUCGGCGGAAGUCUAAAAGAGAACUCUAUGACGGGAAGUUAAACUCUUUGAUGAGUCUAGAUGCAAGGACCACAAAUUUUGACCUUGAGGUCCCAGAAGCCACCCCGAAAGGGUCUGUGUUUGAUCUUCUUAAACUUAUAUGAAGUCUGUCAAUCUGCAUAUUAUAGUGCAGAGAGUCACUGUGACACAAAUAGAUUGUCAGGACAACCAAAACCACACAUGGAAAAAUCUUAAAGGCCAUACACUGUGAAAUACAUCAUCCAUGAGGGAAAAUAUUCUCAAUGAAUUUAUAAAGGUGUGUACUUACAGAUGGCUGUCUGAAAUUGCUUUUGUACAGUAAUAUAACUAAGCUGCUGAAUUAUUCCACAGAGGACUUGUGCAUCAGAAUAGUGAUUAAUAAUGUCUGUGUAUGUAAAAUACAUUAUGUACAAAGUGAUGUAUAAAGCCUCAAAUGUUAUUAUUGUAUAAAUAUUUUUGUAAUCUGUGUAUUUUAAUGUCAAUAUGUUUGCCAAUAUGGUGUGAUGUUACUCCAGGUGUAACAAUGAGGAAAUAUAUUAAAAAUAUAUUUUACCAGAAGA